UGUCAUUGGAUUCGGAUUUCAUAUAAAGUUUCCUAUUACACACUGAAAAAAAUAUUCGUUUUGUUCUACAGAGGCUAUAAAUUCUGAAUAUUUUCUUAUCGUUUCAUAGUAAAUUUCAUUAGAAGACGUUUCCAAGAAAAUUUUAUCAUAACGCAACUAUGAACUUCUUCAAAAAGGCACCGACUGUUAAAGAACAACAAAGACAAAAUGAUCGGGAACUCCGAAAAGCUGGAAGAGACUUGGAGAGGGACAAAGUGGCACUUGAGAGAGAGGAAAAGAAAUUGGAAAUGGAUAUAAAGAAGAUGGCAAAAGAGGGCAAUAAUGAUGGAUGCAAAAUACUAGCAAAACAAUUGGUUCAACUGAGGAAACAAAAGACCAGAAUAUAUGCUGCUAAUAGCAAGAUAUCAAAUGUACAAAUACAUAACAAAGCGAUGAGUGCUAACAUUGCAAUAGCGGGAGCAAUGGGUACCACAGCUAAGACAAUGGGCAGUAUUAACAAAGUUUUGAAUCCACACCAAAUAGCAAAGGACAUGGAAGCCUUCAAACAAGCAAAUGCUAAGAUGGAUAUGACUGAUGAAAUGAUUUCAGAAACUCUUGAUGACAUUAUGGAUGAAUCAGGCGAUGAACAGGAGACUGAAGGCAUUGUUAACCAAGUACUGGACGAGAUUGGUAUUGAAAUCAGUGGAAAGAUGGCCAACGCUCCUUCGGUGGCUCGGAACAAAGUUGGCAAUUCAACAACGGAUGCUGACAAGGAGUUGAUGGCACAACUAGCUAAACUUAAAUCAUAAGUUAAUUUAAGUAACCUAUAAUUGAAUUGUUAUUCUCACUUAAGAAUAUUGUUAGUGUUUAAUUUAAGGGGCACUUCCACC